GUUAGAAUUAGCGGAAAAUCUCCCGAUAGAAGCCAUUUUAUCAAAGGACGUUCUUCAUUCAUAAAUCCGUUUAUUGGACUCCUCUUUCGUCUAGUUUUUAGAAUCUUUUUUAAUACUAUAAGAAAAGAAAGUGAGUUGUGAAUCACAUUUCUUAUAGGCAACUGUGAUAAUUUUUGUUAAGUGUCGUUUCGGCUGCCAUUUUUUCAGGAAGUAGUUUUUUUUUUUAAAUCUUGUGUAAGGUAACCGAUUAUACAUAUACUGUAUUUACAUUCUCCAUUUGCUUGCAAGCAUUCUUGCUGGGAACUGCCCAUAUUUGUAGGCAAUAAGUAUGAAAUGUGUUCUAAAACAGUCUUGUUUUGGACAUAGAACGGAAAGGUUUGUGACACUUAUGUUGCACAUCAGUUCUGAGCUAGGUUUAUAGUAAAUGAGAGCGAUUUUGUGGUAUAUUAAGGAGAUGUACUUGUUGCUGCUUUAUUAACUUAACAUACUGUAUAUUAAAUCUAUUUAUCACAUACAGUAGCACACCAUUUUUAGCAAAGUAUAAAUUGGAAUUUUCAAGAGGCUGUUUUAUUCUUUAUUUUUAUUUAAAAGUCCAAUGUUAGCCAUCAGAAAUUCAUUUUUUUACUGUGUACAUCAUAGUAAAAUAGAUGAAAGCUAGACUUAAGUACUUGUUUGCACCUACAGUGGAAGUAGAGGGGGUGGUACCAUUUAGAUUGUGGGUGGUAUGUCUUCUCCAUAGCCAUCCAGAGUCAAGGGGAAGAUAGAGGUUCUUCAAGGUUCGCUUGUAUGAAGCAAGCAGAAGAGAUUGCUCUUUGGGAAACAUUGUACUCGUGCUCUACACACAGCAACGGCAGAGGACUGGAUCUUUCAGAAAGAAAUGCUCCAUUGCCUCAAGUGUGACUUUUAAGUUGAAGUGAAACCCGACAGGACAUAAAAACUCCUUUUUCUUUCAGUGAAUUUGUAGCAUGUAUGUAUUUUAAGUUGAUCCAAUUUUAUUGAGAUCUGUUGCUUCCACUGGCCAUGUCUUUGCACUAUAGUAAAUGCAACUGUGCUUGUUCUGGUUUAGGAUGCAAGGGGCGGGAGAAGGGAUGUAAAUGUUAUUAGCACAAUUGUUAGUUCAUCAUCCGUGUUGUGAAUCAGGUUAAAAAAAGUGCUUUUUAGUUUUUGAGCAAAAAAAAUAAAUUAUUAAGUAUUUGCUGGAAACAUACUUAUUUAUGGGCCUUGCAUAAUGUUAAGUCCUCAGACAUUAUUGUUCUCUUGGAGUGGAAUUUUGUUUCUAUAUAGUCUGUAUUUUCAGAUUUCAUACAGAAGUAAAAAUACUUCAAAGAUUACAGGUGUAUUACAGGUUGCAGCAAUACAGCUGCUUGAAUUCGGUAAAUUAACAUUGAGGCCUGCGGGAAUUCAGCCAGUUCCUGUCAAGGAUCUCUAAGACAGAAUAUUUAAAAGACAGUUUCUUAAAAAAUCUUGGAACAGGGGUUGGUUAGGGAAAGCUCAUGCACGUGGCAUAGCGUGUGUUUUAACUGUGCGCUCAGUCCCUCUUUGUUCUUGCACAUGUGCGACAGCCAUAACGCAUCAUCUUGCACUUCUUGACUGAAAUUUGUGAAUAAACCCCGCGGCAAUCAUGUCGGGGAAGCACCCGCGGGUUUCGAAGAGUGCUGGCAGCACCAAGAGACGACGUGUGAUUGAUCUUGAGCAGAAAAUUAACAUAAUUAGGCGCUACGAAGGCGGGCAGUCUCUCACUUCCAUCGCGCGAGAGGUUGGCAUGCCCAUCUCAACCGUGAGUACAAUAGUGAAGGACAGCGCACGCAUCAAGGAGCACGUAGAGAGCUCAGCACCCUUAAAGUCAACAGUGAUUACAAAGCGAAGGUCUGGUAUAAUUUACGAAAUGGAAAAGUUACUCACGAUCUGGAUGGAAGACCAGAUUCAGCAGUGCGUACCGCUAAGCCUUAUGGCCAUCCAGCAUAAGGCUAGAAGUCUUUUCGAAGACUUGAAAGCGAAAAAAGGCGAUACGGAAACUAGUUUUGUGGCGAGUCACGGGUGGUUCAAUAGGUUUAAGGCACGUGCCAAUUUUCAGAAUAUGAGAAUGAAUGGGGAGGCCACUGGUGCAGAUAAUGUGGCUUCCGAGUACUUUCCUGAUGUGCUGGCUAAAGUGAUUAAGGAGGGGGGUUAUUUGCCAGAGCAAGUGUUUAAUGUCGACGAAGCUGGCCUGUUCUGGAAAAGAAUGCCAGAUCGUACCUACAUUUCAAAGGAGGAAAAAACAACACCGGGCUGCAAGGCUGGUAAGGAUCGCCUGACCCUUUUGCUUGGGGGUAACGCGGCGGGGGACUGUAAGCUGAAGCCGCUCCUGGUUUACCAUUCUGAACGUCCUCGAGCCUUCAAGGGCAUCAGCAAAGCGACCCUCCCCAUGACCUUUCGUUCCAACCCGAAAGCCUGGGUCACGCUCGCUUUGUUCGAGGACUGGUUCGUGAAUUGCUUCAUCCCGGAGGUGGAGAAGUACUGCUUGGAAAAGCGCAUCCCGUUCAAGAUUUUGCUGGUGCUCGAUAAUGCCCCCGACCACCCAGCGCACCUGGAUGACUUUCACCCCAACAUCAAGGUUGUGUACCUCCCACCCAACAAAACGUCUCUGCUGCAACCGAUGGAUCAGGGGGUUACCUUUAUCUUCAAAGCAUACUAUCUACAAAUGACUUUUGCCCAAGCAAGAGCUGUCACUGAAGGGGAGCCUGGCAAGACCUUGCAGGACUUCUGGAAGGGCUACAAUAUUUAUCAAGCCAUCCGCAAUAUUGCUACAGCCUGGGAGGACAUUUCUAAAGGCUGUAUGAACAGCGUGUGGAAGAAGCUUUGCCCACAGUUUGUGCACGGCUUCAGGGGCUUUGAUAAAGACGCCGCCUUCAAGGAGGUGGCCAACAAAAUUGUGAAACUGGCCCAGGGGCUGGAGCUGGAGGUGGACGUGGCGGAUAUCGAGGGGCUGAUCCAGUCCCAUGCCGAGGAGCUGUCGAGCGAGGACCUGAUGGAACUGGAAGCGCAGAGACUCGCCGAGGAAGCUAAAGAGGAGGACCAUGAGCCAGUGGAGGAGCCAAAAAGCUUUACCCCCCAGGAAAUGUCGGUAGCCUUUCGUGAAAUUAACACGGCCAUGGGGCGCUUCGAAAGCAUGGACCCUAACGCUUCCAGAUUCAUGAAAGUCAACAGACUGAUUCAGGAUGCCCUUGCCUGCUACAGAGAGAUUUACGAGGAGAAAAAGAAGGCUACCAUCCAGCCCUCACUCGACAAAUUUAUGAGGAAGUUUGAAUGGCCUGCCUGUGCUCCUUCCACUUCCUCAGCACCUUGCACUUCCUCGGAGCCUCCUGCAACGCUUGCGCCCGACAUCAAGACCGAAGCUGAUCUCGAAGAUGUUAAGCUAGUUUCCGUGCCCUCCCCCUCCUCUGCUCCUCAUUAGCCCUCUCCUCCUCCACCGCCAGAACCCCAGCUUCAAGCAUGCCAGUUGCCUACAGGAUUCAAGUGAAGGAAGGUCUACAGUAUGUAUAACAGUGAGACUUGUAAACCUGAAAUUCAGAAAUGCAUUAAGGAUUUCUGCAGACUAAAUAAAUCUAAAUUAGACCUACAGUAGAUGAGCUUUCUGAACUCGUGAAGAGACACACAGGAGUGAGAGUGCCUCUGAAAUCUCCAGAAGGCUUUUGUCUGGGGAUCGCUGGACAGGAUGGGACCAUCUAUUGGGGCCGAAAGGACAUGAUGGAGAGCUGGCAAGAGCUGUACCUCCCCAAGAGUGAGAAGAUGGUUGUUAUUGGUGCUGUUGACAACUACCCCUGCUUGGCUGAGGGGCAGCAGGUGGUUGUGAUGGUUGACAGCAACGUCUACGCAUAUGAAAACCAUGAACUGCACCUUAUGGCACACAGCGUGGAAUCCGUCUUCAGAAACGGAGGGAGCAAACUUUUUCCUAUCCAAAGCUAUAAGUAUGGAGAACACACAGCACCAGAAACUGAAGAAGAGUAUUUGUAGAUCUUGAAAGAUGAAGGAAUUCCUGAAAUAGACAAACACACCCAGGACUUUGUUGAAAACAAAGAGAAGGAUUACACUGACAAGUUGGACAUGGGUCUUCUCUGGAUUAUCAUCUACCUCAUUUUGUUGAUGUAAUUGCACUAAAAUGAAUAUCAGAUUAUUCUUCAUUGUCUUGUACAUUGUGAAUCCAAUACUGCUUGUUUGACUGUUGUCUUUACUCCUAUUGAAGAAAAUUGUCCAUUUCAGUUUGACACUUAUUUCUUCUUUCAUUAAAGCUAGAUGUAGCGUUUUCUAUUUUUUUUCCUGA